UUUAUCGAGGAAUGACAGACAGCAACGACCACAAUGUUAUUGCCAAUCGCAAGCGGGCCAGACAUGGAUGGAGCUGGUUGCACGGAAAGCGCCACAUUGCCUUUACAAGGUUCCCAGCAGAAUGACCCCCCACCAGGAGAAAGAAUUUUGGUCGCAUGACGAUACAAUUACAUUUAUCGUUGUCCCUUCCCCUCCUCCUCCUCCUCGUCCUCCUCCUUCGGAUUCAAUCCGGUUCUCGCUUAUUACUACUCUGAACCCUGGAAUUAACUCAAGACAUGAUGGAGAGAGGCAGAAGUCAAUCCCUGCGAUGGACGGAGGGAUUGAUCCAUCCAAUGGGGGGUGGAGGCGGGGCCAGAACCGCCAUAUUGAGUUCGGUUGACCCAGCAGGAUGAGGUGUACCUGAAACCUAGCAACUCCCCUAGGGAGAUACUAGACAGCCGGUCAAAGUACGGACACCCCGGUGGCACAGCCGCCUGAAAAGUCGCUGGGGGGAAAGCCUAUCAUUAUCAUUGCCGCACCGCACUUCAAACCGGGUUUGCCAAAGACCCAGGCGGAUCU